AAACCAUUAAUCACUAUUUUAUAAGUGAGUAGAAGCCAUUUCUCGCCUCUCUGUGUAGCAAAAUCCGAAACAUGGGCAGCACUUGGAGGUUCAUCUCCCUCCUAGCCACUCCAUUUCCUACACUCCUUAAUCACCUAGGGCGCCCCUCUUUCCUCCACUUUCGUCGUUUGCCAUGCUGUUCUCGCCGCCUCACAGUCUACAGUCACGCCCAUAUAUCCCCUCUUUCACCCAAUUCCUCCCAGCAACAAUUCCACGCGCAAUCCUUCAAUAAUAAUAAUAAUAGCCCACUCAACUCUUCUUCUUUUACCCCCCACCCCUGGCCUGAAUGGCGUAGCUUAAUUAGUGUUCUUGCUGGCAAUGACCAACUAGCUCCUGCAGUAGAGGACUCCGUCGUGGCAUACGAGGAGUUGUCGGAUGAAUUCCUUCGUGCUGCUAGCCUCUGUUUAGCGUUUGCUCGGGAGCGCCCAAAUCUCAUCGGGUUGCUUUCAAGGAGGGACAUUGAGGCUGUUGUAUCAAAUGGAACACCAUUUUUGUUCAAAGCUGCUCUGGAGACGGCAAGAAGAAUGAGGGCAUUCUUGGGUAUUGACAGGAUCACUGUGCUGGAUUGUGACAACGCAAACACGCUUGAUCUCAUGAAAUACAUAUUGAGUUACGCGAGUAAAUCCACUGUUUCUUCAGAAAAAAACACUCUCUAUAGCAGGGAACUUAUAGAAUCAUCUUGCCGGAAUCUUCUGCGUGAGUUGGUUGAAGUGAGCUGCGGAGCUUCAGCAGUGAACCUGCCUCCUGCAGAGCAAUAUCACUUCUCAGGUAGAUAUGGACAAACACCAACACCUAUUAGACAAAAUAUUGUAAUGAAGAGAGGCGACUGGAUAUGCCAAAAGUGCAAUUUCAUGAACUUUGCAAGAAAUAGCAAAUGCCUUGAAUGCGAGGAACCUAGGCCAAGGAGACAACUGACAGGCGGGGAGUGGGAAUGCCCUCAAUGUUAUUUCUUCAAUUAUGGGAGGAAUGUUGUCUGCCUGAGAUGCGACUUCAGAGGACCAUCUGCGGUUUCACCUAAAACUACUCACUCCAGUGCAGAGGCUGGGUACAAUGGGAACUCUGGGCAUCCUAAUGGAAUUGAUCUUAAGUUGGCUGAGAAUGACGAGAAGGCACAGCGGUGGUUUUCCAAGGUUUCUCAGAUCAACAGCGCCUCUGAUAUGGACAGUGCAGCGGCUGAUGAAGACUUUCCUGAAAUAAUGCCGCUAAGGAAAGGAGAAAAUAAAUUUGUUGUGAGCACAAGGAAAGCACCCUUGGAAAGGAGGUUGGUCAACAUUCAAUACAAAAGAAACUUUGGAAACAGUGGGAUCCCAGAAGGUAACACUUUGACUGGUGGUGCACAUGGUAUCCUUGACUCAUCAAUGAAGCAGAAUAUGGAUCAAAUAUCUGGAACAAGUUCUAAGGGCAAUGCUGCUGACAAAAAUAGUGAGUCAGCCAUUCACUAUAAUGGCAAAGGUUCUAACUAUGUUCCUUUUGUGCCAUUACCAACAGACAUGUUUAAGAAAAAGAAUCAAACUUCAGUAAUGGAUGAGGAAGUGAAGGAAGAAGUUGGUGUCUCUCACAUUCCUGAGGUUAGUCACCAAACUUGUUCAGCAAGUCUUGGCAAUGACCUUGGAAAGUUCAUGGAGAACUUGCAGUCUAAUUGUCCACUGGGUGAGGAUAAAGAGAGAGAACAAGCUAGGUCAGACGGCUGGUCCAAGAAAACUGCAGAGCUGCAUGAUGUCGAAGACUUACAGAGUGCCAUCUCUGGUGAUGAAUUCCCAGAGAUUAUGCCAAUGCGUAAAGGAGAAAACAGGUUUGUAGUUAGCAAGAAGAAAGAUCGUUCUUUGACUUCUCCAAUGUACAAAAGGCAAGUGGCCAUGGAGCAGGCAAACAAAAGUACCUUUGUCCCAUUUGUUCCCUUCCCUCCAGGCUACUUUAAGAAAACAGACUCACAACAGGUAGUUAUCACAGAUUCUUUCUCUGUGUCUAGGGUUGAAACUUCACCUACAUCCAGCAACUCAGAUCACUCUAGGUCACCCUUGAAUCCUUUUUCCAAAACCUAUUGUGAGGAGGCAGAUGUUGAGAAGACACAGUUGGAUGAUCCUGGAAAGUUCACAAAUGGCAUCACUGCACGGACACCUGAUGAUCAAUUUACAAGUUCAAGGUUUGUAAGUUCAAAUUUUUCUGGGCAUCAGGAGGUUCCUUGUGAUGGAAAUUCAGUCAGGACCUCUCUUUCUUCAGAUGCUUCCGGCAGUGAUAGUAGUGUAAGUAGAAACUCCGUGAAAGUGGAUGUAUCCCCAUCCGAGACUUUGGGAGCAGAUUCACCCCAGCUGCUUGGAAACCAGAUUGUUGGAAAUGGAUGGACAGGAAAGAGUUUGGAGGGAUCUGCUCUGAAGGAACCAGAUCCCUUAGACAUGUCUGAAGAAGCCAAAGCUGAGAGGUGGUUCCGACGUGUUGCUCAGAUAAAAGACAUAUCUGAAUUGAAUCAGAUCCCAGAUGAAGACUUCCCAUCAAUUAUGCCAAUGCGCAAAGGAGUUAACAGGUUUGUGAUGAGUAAGCGGAAAACUCCUCUUGAGAGAAGGUUGACAUCGACUCAGUACCGGAGAAAUCUUCCCAUUGUGAGUUCUGAUCCCAUGAAAAGAGAAAGAGACGAUAGUGAUAAAUGAACCAACAGAGACACCGUGCCAAAGUUCUUGCAAGGCAAAUUUUUCUUCGGUUGAUUUUCUCAGCGCAUUCAAGCUGAUAAAUCAUUAUGCACUUACUGUACGUGCAACUUCGCACAGUUGUGGCUUAUUCACUGUAACAAAUUGCAUAUACAUAUAUGAAUGGAAGCCAACAGGUUGGGUUCUUGGUCUGUCUCUGGUAUUCAUGGUCUCCAACUUUACCAGUUGUGCCGUUGUUGACUGACUCAUGUCUGUAUUAAUCUUCAAAUGCUAGUUCACUCGGGUUGUUUGAAUUAACUUAUUUUUUUAGUGCUUUUAGCUUUUUAAGUAUUUUUUUAUUUUUAAA